AUUUGAGUUUUACACGGGAGAGGACAGCACGCAAGACCCAGGACAAAGGUAAGCAACGAAAAGUCCUCUGGGUAUAAUAACUAACCACCGCCCAAAUCCACCACAACAACGCGCAAAUCAAUCUCCCUAAGCAAACCAGACCAAACCUCCCAGAUUUCCAAACUACUGUACUAGGAUUCUGCUUCUCUCUCUCUCUCUCUCUCUCUCUCUCUCGAUCCACCAUACACCAUCUACCUCCGACGGCAAUGGUACCUCCGACGCCGUCGACCCACGGCGGAGCGUCAAACGCGCAGUACACCCAGCAGUUCCUCUCCAGCGUCCUCUCCCAGCGCGGCCUGCCGUACCCCGAAGACGUCAAGUGGCUGAUCCGCCAGCACCUCGUCUCCCUCUCCGAGUCCUACCCCAGCCUCCAGCCCAAAACCUCUGUCUACACCCACAACGACGGCCGCGCCGUCACCCUCCUCCAGGCCGACGGCACCCUCCCCAUGCUCUUCCAGGGCGUCACCUACAACAUCCCCGUCGUCUUCUGGCUCAUGGAGUCUUACCCCAAGCACCCCCCGUUGGUCUACGUCAACCCCACUCGCGACAUGAUCAUCAAGCGCCCCCACCCCUUCGUUAACCCCUCCGGUAACGUCUCGAUACCUUACCUCCACAACUGGGUCUACCCUAGCUCGAAUCUGCUCGAUUUGGCCCGCGAUUUGUCCCUCUACUUCGCCCGGGAUCCUCCCCUCUACUCCCAGCGCAGACCCAGCUCUAAUAACCCUCCUAACCCUAACCCUAAUUUCGCUGCGCCCACUCAUUCAGUUUCGGUUGCAGCUCAGCCUGCGAUCCCACCGAGAUCGUAUCCCCAAUCACCCUAUGGGGGUGGAGGGGGAAGUGGGCGAGUAGCGCCACGUAGGGAGGAGGACGCAGGCGAGGUUUUUAGGCGGGACGCAAUGAAUAAGCUGGUGGAGAGGGUGGAUGGGGAUGUGAGGGAGCUGAGGAGGAGGAGGGAGGGGGAGAUGGAAGGGAUGUUUAACGCACAGGCGGUGUUGAGGAAGAGGGAGGAGGAGAUAGGGAGAGGGUUUAGGGGAAUGUUGGAGGAGAAGGAAGCGUUGGAGCAGCAGUUGCAGGUGGUUUUGAUGAACAGCGAUGUUUUGGAGGAGUGGUUGAGGGAGAACGAGGGGAAGAUGGUCGAUGCGAGGAGCGUGAGUGUUGACGAGGCCUUUGAGCCUUGCGAUGCUCUUUCGAAACAGAUACUGGAGUGUACCGCUGCCGAUUUGGCAAUAGAAGAUGUGAUUUAUUCUUUGGAUAAAGCAGUACAGGAAGGGGCAAUGCCGUUUGAUCAGUACUUGAGAAGUGUGAGGUUGUUGUCCCGUGAGCAGUUUCUUCAUCGGGCUACCACUUCCAAAGUUAGGGCUGCUCAGAUGCAGGCUCAGGUCAAUAGUAUGGCUGCUAGGGCUCCACAAUAUGCUGUGUGAAACUAUAUCUCCCUCUGUAUGUAUAACUGGAAGUCACUGCGUCUGCAGACCAUGUUCCCGCGGUAUAUCUUGUUUUCUUUCUUUUUUUGUUCAAUUUUGAGAACCAUAUAGUUCUUAUGUUAGUUACGUGUGGAUAUCAGCCAAUUCUAAUUAAUCCUUCCACAAUGUAUUUUAGACCUCCCCAAACCCCGCAAUGGUGAGAGCCUCGUGCACUGGGUUUGCUCUUUUAAUUUUUUUUUUUUUUAGACCGUUCUUAAGAUUUGUAUCUGUAGCAAAACAAUUGUUUGUGCUCAACAAUAAGUAUGUGCAAUACUUCUAGUU